GUAUCUACGAUAAAUAAGAAGGACGUGAGUCUGAAUUACAGCAUCAUAUGCCGGUACCCGGGAAAAUUGAGGUGAGACGAGACUAGAUGGCUUUGGAUCGGAUCUGAUGGGAUCUAUCAUACGGAAAAUCAAACAAAUAUACGAAUGAAGAAAGAAUUGACGGGAAGGCGGGAAGUCCCUAGGUGAUUUCUGAGUCACCAAGACGUGUGCUGAAGUCAGCCUUGGGCGUUGGUCAUGUUUUCAUAUGCGAGUGUCAGUUGAGGCUUUGAAGGUCGGAUUUUGGCCGACUUCGCCUGCUUGUCCGGCCAAAUUUGAGACCGUUGUUUCUUCGUAUUAUUUUCCUUCUUGGAAUUUUACAUGAUGUUACAAGGGAAAGAUACCCAAUUGCAUUAUUUUUCUUUCUUUCAUGAACCUGGCUGUCUGUCGGUGAGAAGAUGAGAGGAAAUCAUCAUGCGAUGUGGCGAGAAACCUUGUCUGGUAUGCCUCGAGGGCCUCCUUGGUGGCCCUUCUUUAGGCUUGCCAGAACUUUCUAGCCUUAGCCACAGGCACAUGCACAGGCACAGGCACAGGUGUUCUUCAUCUCUCAGCUGGGCAACCAAUAUCGCUGGGGUUUCAGCGAACUGCUCCUCCCUGAAAGCCAUAUAAAGUCUCCACAGCCCUCAACUUGACAGCUCUCUUCUCAUCGCAAAGGAACACUGCCUGCGAACUUCUUCAAUCUGCCACAAACAGUUGAGUGCAUCACUUAGCUUUCCACUUUCUGGCCAACAAGAAUCAAAAAUCUGCAAAAUGUCAGAAAGUGCAACUCCCGCAGAAGUCAUGACCCCUGACGGCCAAGACGUUGAGAUGAGUACGGAAGAUGGAGGUAUUAGCAAUACCUCUUCAUUGGAAAAUCUGCAAACUGAUGAGCAGAGACGCAUCCUUGAUAUGGUUGUGCAAGUCCGAAAGUGUGGUCUCGAUGGCAACUUGUCCUUACCCCAGCUUGUUGUUUGCGGCGAUCAAUCGGCAGGCAAGAGUUCAGUACUCGAGGCUUUGACCGAAAUUCCCUUCCCUCGAAAUGAUAACCUGUGUACUCGCUUUGCCACAGAGAUCAGUCUUCGACGUGCCAAUACCGAGUCGCUCACCAUCAAGGUCAACCCCGAUAACUCGCGACCAGCUCUUGAGAAGGAAGCGAUCAAGAAGUUCGAGGAGUCCAUCACUGAUUUCAGCCAGCUUCCUCGAAUCGUUGAUCUGGCCAUGGCUGUCAUGGGUAUCUCCAAGGGGGGUGAAUGGGAUUCCCAACCGCGAGCUUUCGCACGAGAUGUUCUCAGCAUCGAAAUUAGUGGACCCAAGCGGCCACAGCUUACGCUUGUUGACAUCCCUGGUCUCAUUGCAACAUCUACUAAGGGAGUCACCAAAGCCGACGUCGACAUGGUUACAGAGAUCACAGACUAUUACAUUGCGCAGCCCCGAACCAUCUGCCUUGCUGUGGUGUCUGCGACCAACGAUUACGCAAACCAGAAGAUCCUCGAUAAGGUCAGAGAUGUUGAUCCAAAUGGAGAUCGUACUCUUGGUAUCAUUGCCAAGCCCGAUGGACUCGCGCCUGGCUCAGGCUCUGAGCUUGCAUACAUUGGUCUUGCACAGAAUGAGGACAUUUUCUUCAAGCUGGGAUGGCAUGUUCUGAAGAACCGAAAGUUCGAGGAGACUAGCUUCUCCAUCGCCGAACGCAACUUGUCUGAACAGGCUUUCUUCCGCAAGUCGAACUUCAAGCAAUUGCCUAAGGACACAGUUGGAAUCGAGGCGUUGAGACGUCGUCUGAGUCUACUUCUCUUCGAGCAUAUCAAGCGAGAACUCCCGCAACUUCGCGAGGAUCUUGAAGAGCAGCUGCAGACCACCAAGAAUGAUCUCGCCCAAAUGGGCACUCGUCGCUCGACUGCCACCGAGUGCAUGGUAUACCUGUCCCAAAGCAGUCUGAAUUUUCACGAAAUCUGCAAGGCGGCUGUUCAUGGGCAUUAUGAAGGUGGGUAUUUCCAGAACAACAUCGAUCCCACAUUUUCUCUCGAAUCUGCUUCCACAGUUGCCAGAACCAGAGCCGUCGUCCAAUCGUUGAACAUGACUUUCGCAGAGACAAUGCGUUUGAAGGGUCACAAAUUCCAAGUCAACAUGUCCGACGAUGCCGGAGAGGAGGAACUCGAUGACGAUACUCAUCCUACUCCUCCAACAAAUUCAAAACCUUCUGGUCCCCGCAAAUUGUCGAAGAAGGAAGCUCUUGACUGGGUCGACAAAGCCAUGAACAGAACUCGGGGCAGGGAACUUAUCGGUAGCUACAACCCCCUGCUCAUCGGCGAGCUUUUCUGGGAGCAAUCCUCAGCUUGGAACAAACUUGCGCUUGCACACGUCGAGUCUGUAGCAAAACUUUGCAGUCGUUUCCUGAAGCAACUCUUGCGAGACAAUUUUCCCAGAGAUGUCGAGUCCAGAAUUUGGUCUUUUAAGAUUGAGGAGGAACUAAAAGUCCGUAAUCGCAGGGCCAACGAGGAGCUGCAGAAGCUGGUUGAUGAUUUGCGGAACUAUCCGAUCAAUUACAACCAUUAUUACACUGAUAGCAUUGCAAAGCGCCGGCAGCAGAGGGAGACGGCGCUUUUCGAGCAGAGCGUCAACGCUGCUACAUCUGCCGGUACGGACAGACACCACAACAAUGUGACAAAUAUCGAUGUGUCACAGGCGAUUCGAAAUUACACCAAGAAGAUUGAUCCCAACAUGAAUAGAUUCAGCUGCGAAGAAGCAUUGGAUUCUUUGUUCGCAAUCUACAAGGUCAUGCAAAAGACAUUCAUCGCUAACGUCACCACUCAAGUCAUUGAGCGCCACAUUGUCCGAGGCCUCGAAUUGAUCUUCUCACCCGUCGUUGUCAGCAGCCUUGAGCCCGCUCAAAUUGAAGCUCUUGCCUCUGAGCCAGCUGCUUCAAAGCAUCACCGCGAGCAUCUCGAGGAACAGAUUAGGAAGUUGGAGGAAGGCCAUGAGAUCUUCAAGAGCGUCAUGUGAGGUUGAUACUGUGUGGAAGGGUGUUGAAUUUGGCUGGUUUUAUUCAUGUCGGGCAGUUUUCUUGUUGUCUUUUGCCUCUAGUUUCGAGGCCGGCUUGCUGUAGUCGUGCUUCUAUCAUUGUUCCUUUCAAGCAUCUCAUAUCUACAUUGGCGAGACUAGGUAUGGAUGAGCAUUUGAAGAAGGGUUUCAGCUCGUGCACUGCCAGAUGGGCUGAGUUUGGUUUAGUAGGUUCCAGAGCUGUAAGGAAUUAGUCUCCCUAUCAGUUCCCGCUUUCAUGCCUUUUGAUAGUUUAAAUUCUUUCGAGACUGAAUGUCAUCUUCUUCGGAC